UAUUUGCCUUGAUUUGGAAGCACGGUUGGUUUCAAACUGCUGCUAUUGAGGUGACUUGGAUAAGCUUGAUUAGGAGAGAGAGAAACACCACCACCACCGCCACCACCAAGAAGCUCAACAAAGAGAGACAAAGAUUCAUUCAUAUUUUUGGGUAGUUACUGAAGUCAGCUAGAUAUCAUGGGGAUCAGCUCCUGGAAAGAGAAGGUGCUACCAAAAAUCAAGAAAGUUUUUGAGAAGAACGGCACUAAAAAGGCUGCUGCUGCUGAAGUUAUCAAAGCUUUCGAGGAAUCUAAGGAGCAAUACACUACUGAGUUUGAAGGGAAAAAAACUGAGCUCGAAGCUAAAGUUGUUGAGGUCUAUGAAGCUUCACCAUCUGAAGUCAAGGCUUUGAUUAAAGAACCUAAGGAGGCUGGCUUGAAGAAGCACUCUGCUGCUGUUCAGAAGUUCUUGGAUGAGCUUGUCAAGAUUGAAUUCCCUGGAGCAAAGACAGUUUCAGAGGGAGCAACAAAGGUCGGGCCAUCAUAUUUAUCAGGGCCAAUAACCUUUUUGUUUGAGAAGGUAUCCACAUGUAUCCCAGAGGAGGUGAAGAAAGAGGAGGAGGCACCAGCUGCGGCAGCAGAAACCACCGCAGAAUCAAGUGAGGUUAAGGAGAAGGAGAUAGUAGUUGAAGCUGAGAAGAAAGAGGAAGUGGUGACUGAGGCCGUAGUAGAGAAGGUUGAAGCACCAGCUGAGGCUCCUCCGGCCAAAGAAGCCAAGGUGGAAGAAGCAGCACCAGAAGCAGCACCAGCACCGGCACCGGCACCAGCAGCUGAGCCACCAAAGGCUUGAUUGGAAUUAUAUGAUGAUGGGUGAUGGUGAAUUCAAGUGGGGUAGUAGAUGAAUGAACUUAAAAAACUGAGAGAGAGUUUGGAUUUUUAAGUUGGUUUUUUUUUUUUUUUUUUUAAUUUAUAUGAACUGUGUAAAGAAGAAGACACAAAACUUUGAUUUGUUAUUCUUUAUUUCUUCUUCCCUAGUCCUAGUCCUACCCUUUCUUUCUUCCCCUUUGUAAUCUUAAUCCAAAGCAUUCUGUUCUUUUAUGGGUUUUUCAUCGUUGUAUGAUUCAGGGUUUUCAUUUGCUGCA